AUGAAAUACUUCAGGGCAGUCAAAGGAGUCACUAGGAAAAACAAAAUUAGAAACGAAGUUAUUCGAGAAGAGCUGGGAGUAGAAUCUGUACUACAAAGGAUUGAAGAAAACCAAUUAAAAUGGCCAUAUCAGGAUCUACAAAUCAACCAACACCUAUCGAAAUGUACAAACGACCAACAGCCCAAUUUUUCAUUUCCGAGCCAGAAUGUUCAAGUUGCCAUCCAGGGAAAACCGCCCUAUAGCAUCCAAAUUCCCUACGAAUACGCUGACAGCCAAGAUAAAAGAUCGCCAGAUACAGAAAAGAGUCCUCCACCAGGUCCAAUCAGUCCAAAGCCGAACUCAAGCGGUGCUCCAAAUACCAAACGAGCCAGAACAGCUUAUACUUCAUCCCAACUUGUUCAACUGGAGAAAGAGUUCUACACUAACAAGUACCUGUGCCGAUCAAGACGUAUCCGAAUUGCUGAAGACUUGAACCUGACGGAACGUCAGAUCAAAAUCUGGUUCCAAAACAGAAGGAUGAAAUAUAAAAAGGAACAAAAACAAAGAACGUCCUCUGCUGGAUUAGACAACAGGACCUCUCCUACUCUGUCAGGUGCUGCAUCAAUUGCUAGUUCAAAUAGCAAGCCAAGGGUUCAUACGGUGAGGCCUGAGCAUCAUUCGGUCACUGGGAGGCAGGUUGGUCAUAGUCAAUGCUUGCCACAAACUGUACAGAGAAACCAGUGGGAAGGUAACGUGUUAUACAGCAGCCAAUGUCAAAGUUUAUACCAAAACUUCCAACUAGAUCCGAAUUAUCAAUACCAUCAUCCAGCCAACUGCUAUCCUGUGAACUACGAGCAACCUGUGGAGGAUAAGCCAUUAUAUCAGCCGUACCUCAACAUCAAAACAACUGAGCAGCCGCCAAGUGAUAACUAUUUUUUGGGACAGAAGAGAAGUCUAAAAACAGCAGUAAAACAUAAUCAUAAUAUUUAG